GCCGAGACCUAUCUCUGCUAAAACUGUUGAACAGUCAAUUCCGAACUUUGAAAUCUUCCAAGGAACACGUAUUCAGCGAUUAUGGGGCACAACAGAACCAACAGUCAUCACCGAUACUUUGCUGCGUGCGGCAGUGUAUUCACAAGGUCCGAAAGAAGAGGCCGGAAGAAUUGCACGCGUAGAGGGAAUUGAGUUCAGCUCCGUGGGAGAACUUGGGUUAAAUUUUCAGAAUAUAUUCAAGAUAAGCAACCUGGAUGCCUUCACUAACCUGACUAGACUGCAACUGGACAAUAAUAUCAUCGAGAAAAUUGAAAACUUGGAUGGCCUCACCAACCUGACUUGGUUAGAUCUGUCUUUCAACCGCAUUGAGAAAAUUGAGAAUCUGGAGAAUCUUCACAACUUGGAAGAUAUUAGCCUGUUUAACAAUCAAAUUAAAGUAAUUGAAGGGCUGGAUAAUCUGAAGAAACUGAAGUAUUUGUCGUUGGGACGAAACUUAUUGGACGAUUUGGAAAACGUAUGUCUAUUCAUAUUGGACAUCCAGCCCUUGUUAGACGGUCUACUUACGGAAGUUUCGAGGACUGCGAUCACUCACUUUGGAGGAAAAUCCAUUGACAAGUGAUGCAAAUUACCGUCCGUACAUUUGCGCUUUCCUUGCUCAGCUCGAAUAUUUAGACUAUCAAAGAAUUGGAGAAGAGGCACGUCACGCUGCCUACAUGCAGUAUCAGAUCACUGUGGAUCAAAUGAACGAAAAGAUGAGGGAGGAAGAAGAAUACGAAGAAAUAUGCGCCUACCGUGCAGAACAAGCCCAGUACCAUGCCAACGCAUUUGUGGAUGAAGUCGAAGGAGAUAAUCUGUAUGAUCUAAUUAUGAAAAGUGACCCGGAUGGAACGAAAUUCUUGUCACUUCCGCUGGUGGGAGAAGUGGUGGAACAAUAUCCUUUUAUGGUCAACCUGUUGCCACCAAGGUCCAUUAGAUUUACGGUUUUACCGAAAUAAAUUUCGCGACAAGUUGGCUGACAGCUCUCGUAUGCUCUUUCACUUCGGCCUGGAGGAGUAUGCAAAGCGCCAACAGGAGGAAGAUUGCUUAAGAGGAGCGAUUCGGGAGGUCAAGGUGGCUGAUCGAAAAGCCGGAAUGAAGUUGAUUCGAGAAUUUAUGGAUUAUAAACAGAAUGCACUCCAGAGGCUAGAAGCUGUACCGGAAACACAAACCACCAUUAUAGAAGACAUCUUUGCGGCCUACCGUGAGAAGAUUCAUGAAUUGUGGGAUCAACUAAUGGCGAAUGAAAUGGUAAUUUCCGAGCAAAUCGAAGAGGUUUGCACUGAUUUUGGCCGAAAUAUUCACGAAAUGGUCGCUUUCUUUUUGGAGAAUACUCAAAAUUACCUGUCAAAGUGUAGGGAGGCAGCGAACAACUUUCAUGACCGCUUGGUGGAAGCGACACUUCCUUACGCGGAGCGUUUGGGAAAGGCUGACCCCCAAGAGGCGGAGCAACUUUUGUUUCCCGAUCGUGAAACAAUGGCGAACUGCUUAGCACAAUCAAAAGAAAACCAAGCCAUCAGAAUCGAGAUGUGUGAAGAAAGAAUCCAGAAACGGGCUCGUGCCUGGUGCGAACAACUGAUUGCAAACCUGAAUCAGGAGGAGGUUAUUCAAAGACACUUGAACCGGGUGACAGAGAUAAAUUUGUUUGUCGAUAGUCAGAGAACUGAACUGGAUUCAUUUGAUCUUGGUGCAAUUUAACAAAUGAACAAGUAUAAAAUAUUUACUAUGUAAUGCACCUACAGAAAUACCUUGAAGCUUUCAAAGUGUAUCACAC